UAGAGGUUAUGUUUGUAAGCUUGUGGUCAAAACAAACAUUCUCAUUCUACCAUGGUUUGUGAUAAAUGCGAGAAGAAAUUGGGACGUGUGAUCACUCCAGACCCGUGGAAGACCGGGGCUAGGAACACUACGGAGUCUGGUGGGAGGAAAGUGGGAGAAAACAAGGCUUUAACAGCUACGAAAGGACGCUACAACCCGUACACUUCGAAGUUCCAAGAAUGCAAGAUCUGCCGCACAAAGGUGCACCAAGUGGGCUCGCACUACUGCCAGGCGUGUGCGUACAAGAAGGGAAUCUGUGCGAUGUGCGGGAAGAAGAUUCUGGACACUAAGAACUACCGGCAGAGCUCUACAUAGUGACAGAUAUGGUGUAGUUUUAAGUUAAAUAAUUACUA